CGUGAGAACGAUGACAUGGAGCAAUGGUCAUUGAUUGAGAUUCCUUUGUUCUGUCCAGGUGUCUUAACCGGUCAUCCAGAAAAAUCAACUCUUGUAAAUUGUCCUUUCAACAAGCAUGUUAACUGCAUCGAAAUAGAUUUGUUGAGUAAAAUUAUACAGAAAAUGGUCAAAUCAACCGAUACGGAGCUAGAUCUUAUAGAACAAAACAAAGAAAAUGAAAAUAAGGUCGAGAAAGAAGGCAAAGUAUCGCCGAACACCAGCAACGAGCCAGCCAAUCGACAAUCGGAGAAGACGACCCCAACUAAUAACGACGAAGAAGCAGAUCAUGAAUCUGGAAUGAGAGUAGGUGAUGAAUACCAAGCCAUGAUUCCUGAACUCACAAUUCCAGGCCCUGAUGAAGUCACCAGGCCAGAACCACUUCAAGUGUGGGAGCCAGAUGCUGAACUUGAUGAAACAAAAUUGGAUGAUUAUCUUCAAGUUGCUAAAGACAAAUAUGGCUACAAUGUAGAACAAGCAUUGGGGAUGCUUUACUGGCACAAAUAUAAUUUUGAAAAGUCUAUAAGUGAUUUGCAGAACUUUACGCCUUUACCCGAUGAAUGGAGCAUGGAAGAUAAAGUAAUCUUUGAGCAAUCCUUCAAUUCACAUGGGAAGCAUUUCUCGAAAAUUCGGUCACAGCUACCUGACAAAAGUAUAAGCUCACUGGUAAAGUAUUAUUAUGCAUGGAAAAAGACACGAAACAGGACGAGCCUUAUGGAUAGGCAAGCCAGGAGGCAGCACAAAGACCCUACAGGUAUUGGAAUGAUGUUCAGUGAUGGUGAAAGCGAUGGUGGCGAAGAUGACACAAGUGACAGUGACUUUGAACCAGAAAAGGAGGGUGGUAAUGGUCGUUUUAGCAGCAUGAAGGUCAAGGCUCCAACUGUACCGCAGUUGUCGAAUGUUGGGACAAAUGAAGCCAAACCAGUGCAAUUUACACCAGUACAAACUUCAGCCACGUGUAACAAUUGUAACCUCGCAUCUUCGCAGCUGAACAACACUCCACGUGGGCAAUUGUGUAACGCGUGCAACGAAUAUUUGAGUCGAACCGGUGUUAUGCGGCCUAAAAUUGCAGCAACCUUAGAGGGCGUCAACACAAAUCAAUUAUACAAAGGGCCUCAAGCAAAACUCAAAAAACGGCCUCCAAAGGGUAUGCAUCUGACUGGUGAUUUGCUGAACGACAUUUCACAAGUUCAUGGUGAUAGUCACGUGCGCCCUCUGGAAAUCGAACUUAUCAAUCUAAGGCGCCAGGUUCAAGCAUCAAAGCAAGCUAUUGGUCAAGACAAAUCUGCAACUGGGGAGAAGAUGGAUAAAUUCCGGCCGCCUGAGCCAAAUCAAAAACUAAAUGCACGUUGGACGAACGAAGAGUUGCUCAUAGCUGUUCAGUGCGUCCGGUCUUAUGGGAAGGACUUCCAAGCAAUGGCUGAAGUUCUUGGAAAUAAAACUUUCAAUCAGUGUAGAAAUUUCUUUGUUAAUUACCGUCGUCGGUUCAACCUACUAGAUAUCCUUGAAGAAUACGAAAAAGAAAAUAGUAUUGUAUCUGACCGGACCGGAGAUCUGUGGGACGAAAUAGCGAUGUCUGAUGCGGAAUCUUUUGCGGGUAUGAAUAACAUACCGGGCCCGGAAAACCCAAGAAUGCCGUUUGUCUCAGCAAUUCCAGGCUCACAGCCACCACCUUUGUAUCGACCAGCUGUUUCAACUCCACAGAGCAGGCCAUUUGGGUUUGCUGCACCAGGUGGGCAGAGACCUAGCAGUAACUUGAUUCCGGGUCAGGGACCGCCACCACUGGUCAACAAACCUUCAACUGCAGCAGCAUCUGAUCCGCCUACAGCUUAAAACGUUCAGGCAACUGCAGUGAGAUUUGUUUGGAAUGUGUAAUUCACCUUGGUUUACUGAACUCAUAUCAUAUAGUGCUGUAGUCAAUGUACAUCUGUUUGGAGCGGCUCUUUGCGUUUGAAUUUUUAGAUUAAUAUGUCAGGCACUGUCUUGAACUUAGUGUGCAUGUUUAAAUAUGAUAGUAUCACAAUUUAGUACGUCUCCAUAUGUAAGUUCAAGUGUUACAGUUUGAGUCGAGCACAACGAUAGAUUCCACGAUAGCUGUUUUGACAAUUCAAGGAAUCUAUUUAAGACUUUCCUUGUAAAUCAGAUCGUUAAUAGAUAAAGUUUAUCCUAGAUUUAUAAAGGCCAUUUCUAUAAUCUUUUAGUAGUGUUUAAUAGUAUACCAGACUUUUAUUAUCCUGAAUACCAGUUGUAAAAUCUGCUUUUGUUGAAGUGCCAUUUAUUCCGACCCUAUCGUAUUAUAAAACUGUUGUUAGAUAACUCCUUUACUUCUAUAUAGUUAAUAGAGUUUUUUAUUUAAUAUAUUUUCUUAGUUUCAAACAGGAAAACUCCCACCAUUUAGCUUAGUGAUUGAAUUACGUUCUCAAAAUGGUAUCUUUUUCUAUUUGUAAGUGUUCAUAGUUCUCUUAAGUCUACGUUCAGGAAUAUCUUUCGCUAUUGAUACUAAAUUUAGGACCAAUCGUUGUUGCCCCUAUUCAUAUUCCCCAAGAUUUUUAAAGCCAAAAUAUUUGAAAGUUAUUUGUAAUUGUAAUUUAGUAUAUUUAUCCUUUAAUUAUAUUUGAAAAGUGUUAAAAACUUGCGACUAAACGUGAGUGACUGGGAUUUAUUCGAUCUUUCUGUAAUUUAAGUAUAUGAAGAUGCACUUUAGGAGCAAGAUGUCAAGAACCAGUAGGGUUUCCGCAACUCUACUGAUGGUGUUUUUGUUCCGUUCGACAUCUAAAAUCGUCUAAAUUUACUGUCUAAAGAUUGAUCUAGCCAGUGUAUGGGAAUUUUUUAUUCUUGGUUAAAGAAAUAUCUUUAUUGCGUAUUAUUCAAAAUGUUUUCUUACUAAAAUCUAAUUGAAAAGAAAUAACCAGUAUUUUA